CACGUUUGGCCUCGUGACACAUUGCUUGCUCCUCGUUGGAAAUAUUGUUAUCCAAAUAUUUCUCCUCACCGUUGACCGCAGUGCACUGCAACACUUCCUCGUCAUCAAGCACGACCUAAUCGAUCAUACGUUGUCGUGCCUUUAACUGAUGGUCCACCGUCCUCCAGAUUCUCGUCUCCUGUCCAACCUCAUAGCACACGAAAAGGAGUAUACGAAACAUCUAUCUGCUCUUUUCCCCAUAUCACAUACUGCUCUAGCAUCUCUUUCUGCAUUCGCAGCUGCCUCACCUUCGGCUAUACCUAGUAGUUCUUCGGCCUCUCUGGCACAAACUAUGACCACCAUCGUUGAUAUCCUCUCCGGCGCGGACGAUGCUCUUCAGCUUUACAAUAAGGCAGUCGAGAACUGGCGCGAUCAACUUGCCCACUUGAUAAAACUUGAGCAAGACAUAGCAUCUAUUCUCCGUGACAGGGAAAUUCUGGUAACUCGGCUAAUCAAAGUUUCCAAAUCCUCUAAGACCACACGGGAUGCUCGCUCAUCAGUGAAUUUACCGUCUGGUUCUACCUCAUUUAUAUCUCUCCCUUCUACCAAUUCUACGUUACACGGCUCUUCGAAUACCAAACUUCUGCAAACUCAAGAGGAGCUACGCGCAUGUGAGGCUCAUUUGGCCACUAAAGAGUUGGAGUUAGAGGCACUUCGGGUCAGCAUAGCUAGAGAAGGUCUCGGUGCUCGCUGUCGGGCUCUUAUUGAUUGUGGGUGGACUUGGGGCGAAAUGGGCAAGGAAGGUCUCCGGGCCUUACAGACUCUUAAUGCUUCAAGUCCAGAUGCUCAAGAACCACAACCGCUUUUGGCGUCAUUUCCAUCGAACUCGCAUCCACCCUCCACGUCCAUUACUCCCAAACAAAAGCCUCUCACGCUACCUUCUCAUGUCACACAGGGCCCAAUAUCCUACUCCUCCGACAUUUCCUCCCUCACACCUUCUCAAAGUGCUUCGCAACAACACGAUGGGCCCUCUCGUGGAGUUAGCCAAGAAGGCGUAAUUCCUGAUCAUCCUAGCUCCAAUGGCCAUGAAGACGUGACAAUCAGUAUUCCUCCUGCACACGCCAUCUCAGAACUUACCAUGCCCACUGGUGUCCGUUCUCCGUCCCCUCUCAGGGCCCCUGUACCUGGGAGUUCAACAGACCUCGAGACCCGCCCCCUCCUACUUAGCAGUAGUGCACAACAGAUCCGCCGUCCAUUAUCCAGGCGCAUAACUGAGAUAGACGAAAAUGAGUACAGGGAGGGGCCUGCUGUCGUAACAAACUCCUACUUCCCAUCCCCUAACAGCGCUCGUGGUGCGGACACUAGCAGUGAAGAGGAGGAGACUCAUGGUCCCUUAGAGGUUAUCGAGAACGAUCCAUUCAGUCAAUCCAAACGCUUCUCUUUGCGUCACGAGGUAUCUCCAGACGCUGUUGAGCACACACCCAAGCGUAACGGUAAACAGCGGGAGCAUAUACCAUCCAUGAGUUUCUUCGGCUCUCUGCGCGGUUUAUUCAAGAUCUCGCACAAGGAUCAAACUCGGGUGGAGUGGAGUGGUGCUACAGAGUCCCCGGAUGCGAGUACAAGCAACAAAGGGAAGAAGGGCUGGUCUACGCGAACAGAUGCAAACCUGAAGGCUUCCAAAUCUCAAGACAGCUCAGAGUCUGAGCCUGAGACAAUUCGCAAGCCCCCUCUGCCUUCAAGAGGUGCGAAGUUGCGCAAGGGCCGGUCACAGACGACAGCUCUCGCAUCCUCUAGUGGAUGGCAAACUGACGGACCUCCUUCUGCAAGUCCACGCACAAGCGUCAGGCGGAAAAAGAAGAAGUCAGUUGCGGAGUUAAAGGGCAGGGACGGCCUCCCAUCUCGGAGUCAGUCGGAGGUUGUUACCCGACGUCCGUCUGUAAAGCGACAGAUAACCCCAACCUCCAGUCCUCAGGUUCAACCACUCGAUCUUUCACGUGCAUCCUCACUCUCGAUGCGAAAUAGCGUAAAGUCGGCCCCGAAUCAAGUAGCAGUCAAGCCACAACAUCGCAGAGCAAGUACAGACCUCUCCGGGAAUCUUGACAGCGGCAAUGGGGAAACGCCUCGUGAAGGUUAUCCACGACGGUCAGCCUCCCUCACAUAUGGUGCUGCACCUCAACACCCGGGGGAUUCUCCUGGAACUGCGAGAUCAAGAUCCAAGCGCACACCCAAAGCAGUGACCAUACAUCCUCCUCUUCCAGCGAAAGGGAGCACCAGUGUGAGCCUUAUGAGCAUCGUUGAGGAUGUCGCACGACAGAAUCGCAACAGCCGGGGUGCUACAGUUACAGGCUCAUCGAGUCCAUCUCCAAGUACUACUAAACUUGAGGUCCCGCGUGCCCCUAUACCAGGUGUGCCCAUCAACGCAAUGUGGUCCCCCAAACUUUCCCAUGAUCGGCUUCCUGUCCGCUCAGGAUCAUUGGAUAUUCCCCGUGCACCGGGGUCAGUUUUUUCUGCAUCUCAGUCCUUCCCGGUUGUUCCGGGCGCACAAGGAACAGCGAGACCCAAACACGAAACCCCACCGCGUCGCCCGUCUAUAGGAAAGGGGAGUCACAAGUCAGCUGCAGUUCCUGGAAGCGAAUCCAGAAAGACCUCCCGACCAGCUGUGUCACCUCUUCGUUCAGCUCUUCGAAAUUCCAGCCGUACACCAUCACCCAGCCCAGCUCAAUUAUCAGAGAUACGAAAGCGAGGAGCUGAUGUAAGCGCUGAGGAUAGUAAACCUCGUGGACGGACACCAGAGCGGGAUGCACCCGAGGAGCGCACUCCAAGACCAGCCCGGCCCGGGCAGGCUAAUGAACUGAAUGAUAUCUCGAUAAGAGAUUCAGUUUCGAUGACAUCAAUAUCAUCAUAUAGAACGGCGGAGGAAAGUCCUAUCGAGGGGGGGUCAACUCCCCCGGCUCCGCAACAUGACACCGAGUCAUCCACUGUCUCCACUGAAACACCGACAAGACGGAAGAGUGUUCGGGUAUCUCUUCAGCCGACAUUCUCUCCUACUCCGCCUGCUCUGGAAGAUGAUGAGGCCCAUGGCCGUUACCCCUGGAGCUCAGCGAAGAAGGACUGUGACAAUCAUGAUGAAUCCAGCGAACCUGUCAUAUGGCAAGACUCGAGUGACGAAGAUGAGGAAUACAGUCGUGCACGGAAACUGCUUAGCAGAGCCGGUAAGAAAGAUAAAGGGAAGAAGAAGGAUGUAUAGCCUGUCGCCGAGUUUAAGUCAUUCCGAGCUCAAACAGGGAUCACACUUGUUACAUCCCUUUUGGCCCUUGAUCGAUAUUUGUUCUUCAAAUUCGUUAUCAUCGUCAGCAUUUCAUUCGCAGUCCUCGGUUAAUUGUUACACACCUUCACAUAUAAUUUUUUACAUCGAUUUGGUUUACAGUUGAACCUUUUAAAGCUUUAUACAUAUUCUGAAUACAUAGACUGGAUUGCUUUCACACUUACCGCGGGGAGUUGAGGAUCUGUGCGGAUUAGGUAAAAGAAGCAGUACAAACACCGACAAUCUCUGCUCGCCG